AUGGGAACUAUAUAUCUAGUGCUGAUUUUGGCACUAGGUUAUAAUAAUUCGGUGCUUUCACAAAUCCCCGAUGGAAAAUCGACUUCAAUUGUGGCAAAACGGGUAUUUUUGAAGUUUCCUUCUUCAUAUAUGAAUCUCACUUCGGAAUCUUGGAAAACUCAAGGUAAAUAUUAUUUUAUUUAAUUUUGGAUUGGCAUUAGAUGAAAAAAUUUGCUUUGUAACGCUGAAAAUUCAAUUUUUUUCAAAAAGUUCCCACUAGGGUUCGAACUCGGCAAAACCGCGCUGCCACACUUCAUACGCGCGCCAUAGACCACUCGACUACGCGUGCACAUUUUUCUCAAUCCUUUGUUUCGCACAACAUUUCGCUCUCCAAAAAAAUCUAGAAUUCAGAAAAACCACACAAGACAAUAUUUAUGAUGCAUAUCUUCUUAACAACUGUUUAUUUAGUGAAUUUUAAUCGUUUUUUUUCUGCUUCGUUUGGAAAAGGGAAGAAUAUUGAUUGAAGUUUUUUAUCAGUUUCGAAAAAAAAGUUUGGAAAAGGGAUGGGAAUUUGAGGAGAUUUCAAAGGUGGCAAAAAUUUUUUGAUCUACCUAAAUUAGGAAUAAAUUUGAUCUACCUAGAAUUUGAAAAUUCCAAAAUUUUCCAGAAAACGACGAUGAAUUGAUCCUCGCUCUAAAUUUCCGACCAACCAGUCCAGUCGGUCAAAUAUUCAGUGUUCGAUUCAUCAGACCAGACGGGAUUCUAGAAGCCUUGGUAAAUUUUUUCCCCAAUUUUUUUGGUUUUUUCUCAAUUUUUCCUUCCUUUUUUCAGCUUCGAGUUACAAUUGUGGACGAAAAUUUGAACAUCAAUUUGUAUAAUUCAGAAGGUUUGGAGGUUCUCAAUAAACCGAUUUCCAAUUAUAAAAUUAGUGAGUUUUUAGAAAAAAAAGAAAAAAAGUUUGCCUCGACGCGGGAUCGAACCCGUGGCCUAAAAAUUGAAAGACAAGCGUGUUUACCACUCGGACACCUUUGAUACAUAUGUAUAUGAAACGAGGAAAAUUUUUCAAAAAAAAAAAAUUGCAGGGACCACCGAACAAAAUAUAUUUCUUGGAUUGAACACAACAUCUCGAAAACUAUCAUAUCGAUCCAGUCGAGAAAAUGAAUUCAUCGCCGAAAUCACACAACAAAUUGAUAUAUCGAAUCGUGAAAUUGUCGUAACUCUCGGAGGUGGAAAUCCAUCAAUGAUUGGUUGUGUUUCAUUGGUCGCAGUUUCUGUUGGAGACAGAAGUUUGGUGACUGAUGUGAAUAUUAUAGACUCCAAAGAUAUUGAUGAAUGUCCACAGAAUGAUGGUUGUUCGACAAGAGAUUGUGGAGAGGGAAUUUGUAAAAUGUUGGAAGUUGCCACUUGUGAUUGUUAUCUUACUGAAAUGACUGGACCGAAUUGUAGAACACGUGGGUUUUUAUGGCUUUGCCUUGUCUCGCUGAAAACCGUGAAAUUUCCUGAAUUCACGAAAAAAAACAGAGAGAGUGUUGCGUGUAGAAGAGACGAGGAGAGAGAAGCAGAGAAAAUGAGAGAGAUAGAAACGGGUAAGAGAGACGGCAGACAACUCGACAUUUUUCGUUUUUUCACAAAAAAUUUCUAAAAUUCUUCAUUCUUGACGAGUCUUGACCAAAUUUUUCGAAAUCUUUGCUGCAAAAGAUGGACAAUUCUUGAGAAUAGAGAUGGCAGAAAGGGAAAACCUUUCUUAAACUUUUUUAAAUUUCUUAAACGAAAACUUUUCUCCAAACACCAAAAAAACAUUUCUUUUUCCAGCCGGAUCUUCUCUCCGACUUCAAAACAACGAUGAAGAAGCUGAUAUUUCCGACUACAUCCAAUUCACCCCAACAAAUUCAUCAAAACAAAUCACAAGAAUCGCAAUGACUUUCAAAUUCGGCGAUCCGGAUGCAAAAGAAGGAAUUCUAAUAUUUGGCGAAACGAGUUUAUCAAAAAUAUUCAAAGUUUACGUGGUUGGCAGGAAGGGUACUGUAGUAAUUGGUGACGAGAAUAUUGUGGAUUUUGAUUUGGCACCAAAUGACGAGGAAUUUCAUACAAUUAUUAUUCGAUUAAAUGAUACAAGUUUUGGAAUUUUAGUUGAUCAACAACCAACUCGAAAACGAAUUGAGGAACCCAUUCUUUUCGAAACUAUUCAAUUUGGAGCUGCAAUUUCGAAAGAUGAUGGAGUUACUGAACUUGGGCUAACUGCUUGUAUUAAAGAAGUUUAUAUUGAUCAUAUGGAUGUUAUUGAUUUACUUCAUCAAAAUGAUCCAAAGGUUUUUGCAACACAAACUGAACCUUGUUCUUCUAGUGAUUCAAGUGAUAUUAAAGGUGUCACAAUGUUCGAACCUGAUCCAAUAAUUCCACUUUCAACUGAUGAAUUUGAAGAUCCGAUCAAAUCCGGAAAUAUUUUCCCAAUACCGGUUUCAGAUUCGAAUACAAAACCUCCAAAUUCAAAAUCACAUUCAAAUUGUGAUCAGGCACAAAGAACAAUGUGUUUGAAUUCGGCGAGUUGUUCGAAAAUCGAUGAGAAUAAUUUCAAAUGUUUGUGUCGCGAUGGUUUUGUUGGGAGAUAUUGUCAGUUUAGUAUUUUGCCGAAGUCGUGUUCGGAUGCGCGCGAUUUUUAUGAUCUUCCGAAUGGUCCGACGAGAAUUGAUGUUGAUGGAAGUCACAAAAUUGAACCUUCGAUUGCGAUGUGUAUUGAUGGAACGUUAGUUUUUCAUCGGGUUUUUGAGAAAACAUAUUUAUGACGUGGCAAAAUUGUAACCUGGGUCAGAAAUAUAGUUACAGUAACUUUUUGAGGCAAGAUCCACGUGGAAUUUGGAUUUUUUUCAAAUAUUUCAUAAGACUAGGUUUACUUGUGUAACAUAAGUUUCAGAAAAUAAUUCGCACGUGGAUUUUAUUUUUGCCACGUGGAAAAUCUUCAUUUUGAAUUCUCCAACUUAAAUUUAAUUCAAAAAAAAUUAAUUGCCACGUGGCAAAAUUUCAAAUUCGACUAGGUUCACUGUAUUUCAAUUUUGGGUUUUAAAAUAAACAACAACAAAAAUAAUUUUCCACGUGGAUUUCAAAUUCGAAAAUCUAGUUUUCCUGGAUUCUAAAAUGUGAACUGCCACUUGGAAAUCUGAAUUCACCAAUUUGAAUUUAAUUUUUAAAAAAUUGAUUGCCACGUGGAAAAAUUUCAACUAAAAAUGCUCAAAUUUGCCAGGUUUACUGUAUUUCAACUUUGUGUUUGAAAAAAACAAUAAAAAUAAAUUGCCGUGUGGAAAAUUUUUUGAUUUAAAUUCAAAAAAAAAUUAAUUGCCAUGUGACAAAAUUUCAAAUGCUAAAUUAAAAAUUGCCACGUGAACUUUAGAAAUUUUGGAAAUGAAUUUCAAAUUUUCUCAAAAAUUCCACGUUAUCCAGAAAAAUAUUUUUUUGGGAAAAAUAAAUAUUUUUGCAGUACAAUAGUUCCACACGACAUGAAAAAUCGGACAACAGUUCGAGACGUCGGUUUUCAAGAGCACUCAUUAUUCGUUAUAAGUUACCGUGAUUUCAAAUCUCAACAAUUAUCCAAAUUAAUGCAAUACUCGAUGUACUGUCAACAAUCAAUCUCAUAUCAUUGCAACAAAGCUCCACUGCACUUUGAAACCGGGCGAACGUGGUUCAAAUCGGUGGUGAAUUCGACGCGCAAAAUUCGACAAAUGUCGAAUUUGCCAAAUUCUUGUUCGUGUAUUGAUGGAGGAUGUAUUUCUGGAGGUAACUUUUUUUUGAAACUUUUUUUGAAAAAUUUUAAUACUAGUUCAAUUUUUCACUCGCUUCGGAUAUUAUGUUUCUCAUAGAUCAGCGAUUAUUAGAAAAAAUGGAGAUCACGAUGUUCUGGAAAGUAAGAAACAUGGGAAACUUCUGCAUGCCUCUCUCUAACUCUCUCAUUUAAAAAAUUCUGAAAACAAAUAUUUUUUCCCUUAGGAAAAUGCAAUUGUGAUUCUGGAAGUAUCAGUCAAGACGAUGGAUUGUUGCAAAAUUCAAACGCGGGAAUUGUUGAAAUUGUGGCGUUGAGAAAUGAGGAUGAUGUAUUUGCGGAUGUCACAUUGGGAAGUUUGGAGUGUUCGGGAUAUGUGGAUAUGAAGAAACCGAUUCGAUUUGUUGAACAAACUGAGAUGGAGGUAGGGAAUUUUGCGGGAAAAAUCGAUUUUUUGGAUAGAACAUGGAUAAAUGUUCAUAAAAACAAGUUAAAUAUUAUAAAAAUCGAUUUUUUGGACAGAAAAUGGAUAUAUGUUCAUAAAAACAAGUUUUAAUCUAAAAAUAUUAUAAAAAUCGAGGGAAAUCAAGGCGAAAAGCAAAGAUUUCAAAAAAUUUGGUUAAGAAUGAAGAAUUUUAGCAUUUUUUUGAAAAAACGAAAAAUGUCGUGUUGUCUGGCGUUCUCUCUUACCCGUUUCUAUCUCUCUCAUUUUCUCUGCUUCUCUCUCCUCGUCUCUUCUACACACAACACUCUCUCUGUUUUUUUCGUGAAUUUAUGGGCCUAUGCAGAAUGAUAUUUUGUAAUAAAAAAACAUUUUUUCCUAUGCAGAAAAACGUCGAAAAAACAAAAUAUACAGUUUAUCAUUUUGAGUAGAGACAACGUGAAAUUGAGAGAGUGCAGACAAAAAACCCAUUUUAUGUCUGCGCUCUCUCAAUUUCACGUUGUCUUUAUUUUGUUUUUUCGACGUUUUUCUGCAUAGGAAAAAAAUGUUUUUUUUAUGUUUUUUUAUUACAAAAUAUUAUUCUGCAUAGGCCCAUUAGGAAAUUUCACGAUUUUCAUAGAGGACAUCGAAGAUAGAGAAAGAAAAAUGAAAACCACAUUUCUGCACGAUAUUUUAAAGGGUGAACCAAAAAAAACAGAACAGCGAUGCUCGGAAACAUGACUCAUGUUAAAUAUUUAAAUUUUCCAGAUUUCCUCCUGGACUGGCGAAUCAAUUGAUAUCCAAUUCCGAACAAAUAACAUGACCGCAACAAUAAUCGGAGUUCGCGGAAAAAACGAUGAAAAACUGAUCGAAGUUGGACUUCUCGAUGGAAAUACAAUUCAAAUAAUCCACCUGGAUACAAUCAAAACAAUCGAAUCGCAGAAAAAAUUGAACGAUAGUCAAUGGCAUCGAAUUAUUGUUGAAUUAUCUGGAAAUGAGUUUCGGUUCAGUGUGGAUGAUAAACAUAUCGUGUUUUUUGCGCAUGAAGGAGCGAUUUUUGACGGAAAUGUUAUUUUGUCAAGUUCUCAGAAGUUAGUUUUUUUUUCUUCAAACAUUUAUCAUCAAAAAUAUUUCAGUGGAUUGAUUGGAUGUUAUCGAUCAGUUCGAAUCAAUCAAAACUCCAUAGAUCUACAAAAAUAUAUCUCCGAUUCAAAUCCAUCCAUCAAAAACAAUUGUGACAGUCACUGUUCACUCGAGACCUGUCAGAAUGGCGCGAAGUGUUACGAAGAUUUUGUGGUCGGAACUUCAUUUUGUCAAUGCGCUUUUCCGGGUGUCCAUUUUGGCAAGAAUUGUGAGAUUGAUUUGAAUAGGAAUACAUCGGUGGCAUUUCACGGGGGACAUUUGAAGUUCAAUGAAUUUGAGGAUGUGUUCACUUCUUCGAUUUAUUUCUCAUUCCGAACUGAUCAAUCAGCUGGAUUGUUGUUGUAUGCGCAUGAUCAGAAUUAUAAUUUUAUUCAGGUAUGGUUUAGUGGGCAUCGGAAUGGGAGCCUAACACUAAUUAAGCCUAGACAUAACCCUAAGUGAUCAUAGGGAGUAGGAGAAGCCUAAGGUCCUAGUUAAGCCUAAGACUAAAAUCCUAAUUAAGCAUAAGCAAAACGAAAAUAGGCCUAAUUUUAACCCUGAGUAAGCCUAAGCCUAAGCCUUAUUAAACAUACCUAAGCCUAAGAUCCUGGCUAAGCUUAAGCCUAAAAUCCUGGUUAAGCCUAAGCCUAACAUUUUUUUUAACAAGCCUAAGCCUAAGGUCCUGGUUAAGCCUUUAGUUAAGCUCUAACUCUAACUAAGCCUAACCUAAGUAAGCCUAAGUCUAAGAUCCUGGUUAAGUCUAAGCAAAACGAAAUUAAGCCUAAGCCUAAGAUCGUGGUUAAACCUUUAGUUAAGCCCUAACUCUAACUAAGCCUAAGCCUAACCCUUCCCAAGCCUAAGCCUAAUAAAAACUCAAAUUUAACCUAAGCCUAACCAAAAAAUAUUUCAGGUAGCACUAUCUGAAGAAACAAAUAUAACACUAACAUUAAAUAAUCUGAACAUUGUUUCAAAAUGUGUUGUAAAAGCUCAACAAGGAACCGAAUUCGGAGAUAUGCGAUGGAUUCAAGUUGCGAUAAGUCACACAAAAGAUUCAUCACAACUUCAAGUCAACGAUCUAUCGUGUACAAUUCGAACAACCCGCGCACUUUCUAUGAUUCCAAUCAUGAAAUUCCUGAAUGUUUUCGAUUCGAAAAUCGUUCAGCCGCCGAUCGGACUCGGUGCACAACCAGUGCCGACACCUUAUACAAUCACAUUUAUCGCGAAUAUUGAUGAUGGAAAUAAUCGGGGUUCGGAUGGAGCAGUCGCAUUGUUGCCUAGAUAUCAAUCAUCGAUUCCUGGAUUUUUGGGAUGUUUGAGGGGACUUCAGAUUGAUGGAAACGCUGUGAAUAUUCGCGAGAAGACUGAAGAGUUGUCGGAUAAACGUGGGUGGAUUUUUCUAACAAAAAGUCACAAGCGAACCUAGAGAUCAUAGCUGUCAAGUAGCCGCGCCUAGAGAUCAUACUCAGAGAUUCGCUGGCCAGCUCGCCACCAGGUGGGGAGGCUGGCUGACCUGGGAACCACAUGGAAACCAUGUCGCCCGUUUUUCGCUGGCAAGGUGGCCAGGCUCUGGCUAGGUCACGGCCACAUGGCUACCAUGUGGUGGCCACUUCGCCGCGUCAAAAUGAAUUUUCAUAAAAAUGUCUGAAAAACUUGUGAAUUGAGGCAUUUUUGAAAAAUUUGGCUCAUUUUCUGUUUUUUCGCAGCACUUGAAACCUUAGGAAGUGAAAAAAACAGUAGAAAAUGCAGUGUUUUGAGUACAAAUCACUGUCUUGCCAGCUUUCCAGAAUUUCAAACACACAGGCCACGUCGCCGGAAAACUCGAGGCGACCUGGCGGCCAUGCGGUUUCCAGGUGGCGAGCUGUUCCAGGUGGCGAGCUGGCCAGCGAAUCUCUGAGUAGCUAGCAUUUUUUAACAGUGUUAAAAAAAAUAAAAUAUUUUUUAACAGUGUUAAAAAAAAUAAAAUAUUUUUUAACAGUGUUAAAAAAAAUAAAAUAUUUUUUAACAGUGUUAAAAAAAAUAAAAUAUUUUUUAACAGUGUUAAAAAAAAUAAAAUAUUUUUUAACAGUGUUAAAAAAAUAAAAAUAUUUUUUAACAGUGUUAAAAAAAAUAAAAUAUUUUUUAACAGUGUUAAAAAAAUAAAAUAUUUUUUAACAGUGUUAAAAAAAAUAAAAUAUUUUUUAACAGUGUUAAAAAAAAUAAAAUAUUUUUUAACAGUGUUAAAAAAAAUAAAAUAUUUUUUAACAGUGUUAAAAAAAAUAAAAUAUUUUUUAACAGUGUUAAAAAAAAUAAAAUAUUUUUUAACACUGUUAAAAAAAAUAAAAUAUUUUUUAACAGUGUUAAAAAAAAUAAAAUAUUUUUUAACAGUGUUAAAAAAAAUAAAAUAUUUUUUAACAGUGUUAAAAAAAAUAAAAUAUUUUUUAACACUGUUAAAAAAAAUAAAAUAUUUUUUAACAGUUCGCUGGCCAGCUCGCCACCUGGAACAGCUCGCCACCUGGAAACCGCAUGGCCGCCAGGUCGCCUCGAGUUUUCCGGCGACGUGGCCUGUGUGUUUGAAAUUCUGGAAAGCUGGCAAGACAGUGAUUUGUACUCAAAACACUGCAUUUUCUACUGUUUUUUUCACUUCCUAAGGUUUCAAGUGCUGCGAAAAAACAGAAAAUGAGCCAAAUUUUUCAAAAAUGCCUCAAUUCACAAGUUUUUCAGACAUUUUUAUGAAAAUUCAUUUUGACGCGGCGAAGUGGCCACCACAUGGUAGCCAUGUGGCCGUGACCUAGCCAGAGCCUGGCCACCUUGCCAGCGAAAAAAAACGGGCGACAUGGUUUCCAUGUGGUUCCCAGGUCAGCCAGCCUCCCCACCUGGUGGCGAGCUGGCCAGCGAAUCUCUGAGUAUGAUCUCUAGGCGCGGCUACUUGACAGCUAUGAUCUCUAGGUUCGCUUAUUUUUUAACAGUGUUAAAAAAAAUAAAAUAUUUUUUAACAGUGUUAAAAAAAAUAAAAUAUUUUUUAACAGUGUUAAAAAAAUAAAAUAUUUUUUAACAGUGUUAAAAAAAAUAAAAUAUUUUUUAACAGUGUUAAAAAAAUAAAAUAUUUUUUAACAGUGUUAAAAAAAAUAAAAUAUUUUUUAACAGUGUUAAAAAAAAUAAAAUAUUUUUUAACAGUGUUAAAAAAAAUAAAAUAUUUUUUAACAGUGUUAAAAAAAUAAAAUAUUUUUUAACAGUGUUAAAAAAAAUAAAAUAUUUUUUAACAGUGUUAAAAAAAAUAAAAUAUUUUUUAACAGUGUUAAAAAAAAUAAAAUAUUUUUUAACACUGUUAAAAAAAAUAAAAUAUUUUUUAACAGUGUUAAAAAAAAUAAAAUAUUUUUUAACAGUGUUAAAAAAAAUAAAAUAUUUUUUAACAGUGUUAAAAAAAAUAAAAUAUUUUUUAACACUGUUAAAAAAAAUAAAAUAUUUUUUAACAGUUCGCUGGCCAGCUCGCCACCUGGAACAGCUCGCCACCUGGAAACCGCAUGGCCGCCAGGUCGCCUCGAGUUUUCCGGCGACGUGGCCUGUGUGUUUGAAAUUCUGGAAAGCUGGCAAGACAGUGAUUUGUACUCAAAACACUGCAUUUUCUACUGUUUUUUCACUUCCUAAGGUUUCAAGUGCUGCGAAAAAACAGAAAAUGAGCCAAAUUUUUCAAAAAUGCCUCAAUUCACAAGUUUUUCAGACAUUUUUAUGAAAAUUCAUUUUGACGCGGCGAAGUGGCCACCACAUGGUAGCCAUGUGGCCGUGACCUAGCCAGAGCCUGGCCACCUUGCCAGCGAAAAAAAACGGGCGACAUGGUUUCCAUGUGGUUCCCAGGUCAGCCAGCCUCCCCACCUGGUGGCGAGCUGGCCAGCGAAUCUCUGAGUAUGAUCUCUAGGCGCGGCUACUUGACAGCUAUGAUCUCUAGGUUCGCUUAUUUUUUAACAGUGUUAAAAAAAAUAAAAUAUUUUUUAACAGUGUUAAAAAAAAUAAAAUAUUUUUUAACAGUGUUAAAAAAAAUAAAAUAUUUUUUAACACUGUUAAAAAAAAAUAAAAUAUUUUUUAACACUGUUAAAAAAAAUAAAAUAUUUUUUAACACUGUUAAAAAAAAUAAAAUAUUUUUUAACACUGUUAAAAAAAAUAAAAUAUUUUUUAACAGUGUUAAAAAAAAUAAAAUAUUUUUUAACACUGUUAAAAAGAGUCUAAUUGUCUAGGGUUUACACCUAGACUUCCACCCUGACAAGAAGCCGCGCCUAGAGAUCAUAGUUAUCAAGUGGCCACGCCUAAAGAAUUUUAUUUUCUAGGUCUAGCCCCUUGAAAGAUUCUCCGCCAAGUAGCUGAUCCUAUAAAUCCCACUCGAUCAAAAUUUUCAGAAUCAGUUCGAAUCGGUUGCGAUGUUGGAUGUGAAUCCAUAACUUGUGCAAACGGUGGACAUUGUUCAGUGGCGUGGAUCAACAAUGAUCCAACAUCCCAAAAAACAUCAUGCGAUUGUUCGCGAACAAGUUAUUCCGGAUCACAAUGUAGUUUGGAUGAUGGAAUCAAAUUCGAAAAUAAUGAAUGGUUUUCGUUUGAUAUUGGAGGAGUUUUGCAGCCUUAUGAGAAUAUGAAAAGUCGCGAACCGCAAUUAUUCAAAUUCGCAUUUUCUGUCAAGAAUUCGAAGUUGAAAAUUUUGAAAAAACAAAGAAUCGCAAGUAUUUUAUUGUAUGAUGAUCGAAGUCUUGAAGUUGAAAUUCAACCAAAUCGAACAAUUAAUGUUAUUCUUUAUGGAAAUAAUCGAUAUAUUCCGGAUGUGAUUAAUUUCGAUGGUGAUUUUGCCGAUGGCUAUCGACAUUUCUUUGUCGUGCAAUUUCAUCCAAAUCAAGCAACUGCAAUUAUGCUCGAUUCAUUGAGACAAGAUUUUCCAUAUCAGAUGAAUAAUUUCAAUCUGAUUCAUGCAAAAACUAUCAGAAUUGGAGAAAAUUCAUCCGAUUCUUAUGAUGGUUUCGAAGGAUGUGUUUCAAGUAAGUUUUUCUCUUCUCAUAAAUAUUUGGGUGUGCGAAAAAAGUGACCUGCGUGUCCGAGUGGAUAAGUAGUUUCGUUCUCAAUCUUUUGACCCGAGUUCGAUUCCCCAUUAUCGCAAAUUUUAUUAUUAUUUUUUUCUUAAGAUCUUCUUAUCGAUUUCCAAUACGGUGGACUUCUCCAUUUCACACCGAUCGCAUAUUUGGGAAUUCCAAGCCAUCACCUCCAUCGAUUUGUAACCACAUCUUCAGAAGUUGUGAUCUUGGGUGGAUGUUCGCCAUUCCAAGUUCCAAAUUCUUUGCCGGUUUAUCGGAAUCGUGUUGAGUUUCCAGUUUGGGAAACCGAUUUCCGGCGUCAAAUUUAUCACGGAGACAUCGAGAUGUUUGACGAUGACCAGCCGAUUUUUGAGGAGACUUAUAAUAACUCGCUGAUUUGGCUGCUUGUUAUUUGUAUUAUUCUGUUUCUUGUUGCACUUCUGGUUUUCUACACGUUCAUGAAAUGCUGCAAAGAACAAGUUCAUACGAGUGAGUUUUGAUUGCGGACUGCAAGGUAUACUGUAGCCUCCGGACUGCAAAGAGUACUGUAGCUUCUGGACUGCAAGAGGCAUCCUCAUGGUUACUGGGGUUGCAUAAUGUUAAGACUGCAAGGGUUACUGUACUUCAAACUACAAGGGUACUGUAGCUUCAAACUGCAAAGGUUUCUGUAGCUUCUGGACUGCAAAGGGAAGCUUCAGAGUUACUGUAGCUCAUCAUUUUACUGUAGAUCCCGAACUGCAAGGGGAAGCUUCAGGGUUACUGUAAUUCAUCAUUUUCGGACUGCAAGGAUUACUGUAGUUUUAAAACUGCAAGGGUUACUGUAGAUCCCGAACUGCAAGGGGUGACUCCAGGGUUACUGUAGUUCAUCAUUUGCAGACUGCAAGGUAUACUGUUCCUCGAACUGCAAGGGUUACUGUAGCUAAGGGCCAUCGGAAUCGAACCACCUUCGAUUUUUUCCAAAAUAAAAAUCAGAAAUUUUUUGUGGUGCUCCCAUUUUUUUUCAAAAUUCAAUCGUUUGUCCGCAAUCGAGACUAAUUAAUUAAUUUUCAGGAGCCACUCCAUACAGUGUUGAUGAAGAAGGUUUCGAAGAUGAGCCAUUGACAAAAACCCGAUAUCGACCACCACAACCAAGUCCACCACGUAAGAAUUCUCUUUCUCUCUGGAUUUCCAGAUCCAGAUUCAGAAGAUCUCCUGAUUUCAGCGCAAAAAAAAUCAGCUCUGAGCAACUACCAUCUGCCCGAUCCAAAUGUCGAUUUCAAUCGGGUAAGUCUAACGGGUAAAAGGGAGCAUGUUCUUUUUUCACUGAAUGCUUGCGUAUGAUAAUCAGGAUGAUGAUCAUGCGCGAGCCGUCAGUCUCACUUCUUCGGGUAUCAGCGGGUAUUUCACUGCUCAGGAAUACAAUGAUCGGGAAGAGGAAGAGGAAGAAGAAGAAGAUCGAGAGGAUGAUGAAGGAUAUUCGAAAUAUCCAGAUGAUGAAAGUGAUAGCGAAACAAUUCGACAUAUUGAUGAUGAUUCGAUGGAGGGAGAUAUGGUUUUAGUGUGAGUUGUUUAGGUGACAAAAUUUUAAUUAAUUAUGAUGUAUCCAAUUAAUUUUGUAAAAAAAAUGAGAAUUUUGAUUGAAUUUGAACAAUUUCGUACUUGGAAUUCAAAUAAGAAAUAUUCUGAUCUUAUAUUAAAAAUCAUAAAAACCUUUUUCAAUUUCCUAAAAUCUCACAAUUUCCAGAGAAAUCCUUUUUGAGUUAAAAAUUUUUCAAAAUUCGAAAAUGCCGAAUUUUUCACUUUUGUUUGAUUUAAAAUAAAAUCUACAUCUUUUCCCACAAAAUUUGUCUGCAUGCUUUCAUCAAAUAUUUGGUAGGGCUGAAAAUUAGUUUUUCGAGUUUUUCAGUCAAAAAUGAUGACAAAUCGAUAUUUUUUAAGCUUCUGGAGUGAUUUUUGAUGAAAAUAAGCUUCGAGAACCCUAUUUUGCUUUUUUUGAAAUUCAUUAAAAUUUAAAAAAAUUUUAUUUUACGAAAAUUCAGCAAAAACUUCUGGAAAGUGAAUUCCAAAGUCAAUUUUCAUCAGAAAUCACUCGAGAAUCUUCAAAAAUAUCGAUUUGUCAUCAUUUUUAGCUGAAAAACUCGAAAAACUAAUUUUGACCUACAAUGUUUUUUCGACAUUUUUUGACUUUUCGUGAAUCAGCGCUAGUCCAAAAACUAAUUUUAUUGUCAGCAUAAAAUUUUCUUUUUCUCGAAAAAUGUGCUUGUUAGAAAUGAAAACCAAAGCCAAUUUUCACCCAAAAUCUGUUCCUCACCCAUAUCCAUCCAUUGCUCAUAUUUGCAGCUCGAGCCCCUCUCAAAUUCGCCACGUUCCUCGUCGAGUCUCAUCAUUCCGCUCAAGCGACUCAACCGCUCCAAUCGACAGUCCACUCUAUACAAAACCAACGAAACCAGCUAAUUUGGUUCCCGUUCCACCUCCUCGAAUCUCACCAAACUAA